UUACCUGAUUGUGUUGUACAAGCGGAACGAAGAAAAAAAAAGCAUAUCCGAAAUGACUCGUCGCUGCCUUGCAAUAUUACUUCAGUGUCUCCACGUGAUUGCACUCACCAGCGCAGCUUCUGAUGGCUCUAAGUGGACCUAUACGGGACUUGAGGGCAAGUAUGACUGGCCAAAGAAGCAUCCUUACUGUGGAGGAGUGUCCCAGUCCCCCAUCGAUAUCCGUAACGAACUUCUGCAGUACGACCCAGCCCUCCGACCCGUCGAGGUGCGGGGCUACAACAACUGCACAGAACCACUCACCUUGAUCAACAACGGCCAUUCUGUGAAACUGUCUCUGCCUUCAACCAUGUACAUCAGCAGCCUGCCUCACCGCUACUCUGCAGCUCAGCUCCACUUGCACUGGGGAAGCACGGACCACCUCGGAGGCUCUGAGCACACCAUCAAUGGGAAACAGUAUCCAGCAGAGAUGCACAUUGUGCAUUUUAACUCUGACAAGUACAGCAAUCUUUCCACAGCAGUGGACAAAGCCGAUGGACUGGCAGUACUGGGUGUUUUCAUUGACGUUGGGGCGUUCAAUCCGGUCUUUGAUCAUAUUCUGAGUCAUCUUGGGAGUGUGAGAUAUAGAGAUCAAGUAGUACAAAUUCCUGCCUUUAAUAUCUUCAAUCUGCUCCCUGAGCGGCUGGAUGAAUUUUACCGGUAUGACGGCUCCCUGACCACCCCGCCCUGCUACCCCAGUGUGCUGUGGACAGUCUUCAGAAAACCUGUCAGGAUAUCAAAGGAGCAGCUCCUGUCAUUACAAACUGUAUUGUACAGCACCUCCGUAAACGAGCCCAUCUCCUUGAAGAUGAAUCAAAAUUACAGACAUCCUCAAGAGACCAAUGAGAGGCAUGUCGUAGUGUCCUUCCGUGAUGAGCUAACGAUUCUUCAUAGGAACUUGGGUGUGAUUCUCGCCAUCACUUUGGCUGCUGUACUGGGAGCAGUCCUCAUCGUGGCGCUCAUUGUUUUCAUGCUGAUAAAGAAAAGAAGCAAAAAGAACAAUCAAGACAACAGCAAAGGGGUCAUCUACAAACCAGCAGCCAGCAAAGAGGAGGACACUUCAAAAGUAUAAGACCCAGCCACUGCCCCUUCAGGAUGAAACCCACCUGACACUGCACACACUGAAGCAGCAGCUAUAAAGACCAACCUGUUUAGAGGCAUCGGGAAUCGUAGAACCACACACACUUUUUUUCUUUUCUAACAUUGGAUAUGAGUUCAGCAUUUCUCUUUGCUUUGAACAAAAGCGUUGUGCCAGCCGCAGUAAGAGAUAAGACAAAAAAGUGUUUCUAAACAAGAAGAAUGCAUUAUUUUAUAUAACUGUGAUAUUUCCGAGCCAUACCAAGUUGCUAUUUUAAAGCUACCUUUCGGUUACACACCUGUGCUCUGGAAAGAUCAGUCAUGCCCGAUGCAGUGUGAUCCUCUUUUAAGCACAGUGUGUCGGUUGACCUGUACUGAAAAUACCUGAACACGCUUCAGUUUAGUUCAGCAGUUCCCAAACCCUUUCAAUUAAACGUGGAAGCUUCAGACACCUGAUUAAUCAAGUUAAAUACUUGCUUCAUUAAUUCCUUGAACAUGUGUAAUUAUAAGUAAUAAUAAUAGUGAGAGUCUACAGUGUUUGGCAGUGUAUAUUUGAAUCGUACAGUUUUAGUUAGACUUUCUUGCAUGAGCAGCUCUCUGUAGAUUCCAGUUUCAUUUGUUUUGUGAAUUUUGGCACAUAAAAAAAGUAAACUGUUUAAUCUCAGUGGUUUAAAGAAAAAAAUGUGUAAACGUGGCAGUCUUGGACCUGAAGGGAGGGCAAUUUUUGGAACAGAACUAACAAAAGGGAUUUGGAGAAAAGCCGCUUUGGACUGUUGAUGCAUGUUGCAAACAAAGCACUGCUUUAAAACUUAAUAUAUUUGCUUUCUUCUCAUCUUUCUGAUGUAGUCCUUGGUUUUCUCAUUUCAGCAGUAGCAUAGUAGCAUAUCAAGGCUUCCUACUGGAACAUCAGACAACAGACAAAAACUCCUCGUUUAAGUUCAUAGGAAUUGUGAAAUGUGUGAAUUAAUGAGUGUAUGUGUAAUAUAUAUAUAUGUGUGUGUGUGUGUGUGUGUGUGUGUGAUGUGUGUGUGUGUGUGUGUAUAAUUUUGUAAAUGAAUGGUUACUUUUCAAGUAUAGGAAUAUACCUGCAAUCACAUUCCCCAGUUUAAUAUACUACUGUAUUAUUAUAUGGCAUUAUUGACAGUUAUCGUUCCUUUUCUUUUCAAUGUCUUUAGCUCAUAUGUGCAUUUAUUUGAAUGUGUUUUGUCAGUGCAGGGUAUUUUAUAAAUAGUUUAGGUGUUUAUCAUUUUGUAGUGUCGGCAUACAGGUUCAAGUUCUCAUUUUAACUCCAUGGUGACCAGUUAAAGUGGACCUUAUAUUUUAUUAGAAGUCAAGAUACACUUGAUUUUACUAUUAGGAGCACCAUCUGCUGGAUUAAUAGUUGUUGGCUUAUCAUCUAUAUUUAUUUAUUUAUUUAUGGACAACAAAACACGUUUGGGGAAUAUUCUACAAUAAUCAAACGUAGGAGAAAUGUUUAUUUGGUUUGAAAUGUAAUGUGAUAACAAAAACACGUUGCUCCACAUGUGUUUCCCAACCCAUUUUGAGCUGGCUUUUUUUUAAAUGUUAUUUGAUUACAUAGUUCUCCUCUCCAGUAAAAUUAAACAUGGCAACAUAAAUAAAUGUUCGGGAGAUAUAUAAUGGAGGCACUGUUUAAGUACAUUUGUUAAGCAUUUAUUAAAAUCUAUGGUAUUGACACUGUUUAUUACAGCUACUGUGCAUAAUUCAUUGUGAACUACUUCUGAACGAGUUUUGUUGAUAUUAUUUCAACAUCCAUGGUAAAAUGGUUUCUUCAUGGUGUACAAUGUGUACUAUGGGUUUCAUGUUUUUAAAUGCACUCAGGAUAGCAUUUUAAUGGUUUAGUUAGUCUGGAAUGUUAUUAGCCCACUUUGUUGUGCAGAUGGAACAGUGCCAGUACAGUAUUAUCACAAAUGUAGUUUCUGUAAAUGCAUGUCAUUCAUGGUGAUUUGAUUAUAUAUUGAUUUUUAAAUGGCACCAUAAAUCCUAAUAAAACUGCUGAAAAUGA